CGACAAGAUGAAUCCGUCUUCUACGCGCCAGAUUUGAGUUGUGUUUGGAAUGUCUGAACUACCCAGAAGGAGCAUAUUGUCGGAUUUCGACAUCGGAAAGCAACUUGGUCGUGGAAAGUUUGGUACUGUUUUCGUCGCCAGAACCAAAAAAUCUCAUUUGCCAUGCGCAAUAAAGGUUAUUUUCAAGAAACAAAUAGUAGCAAACAAGCUGGAGCACCAAAUGCGACGAGAGAUUGAGAUUAUGUGUCAUCUGCAGCACCCUCAUAUUCUGCAGCUGUAUACGUACUUUUAUGACCAUAAAAGGAUAUAUCUGGUGCUUGAAUAUGCAUACCUGGGUCAAAUGUAUACUGAACUUCGAAGGCUAGGGCGAUUUAGCGAGUCGCGUGCAGCUACCUAUGUAUAUCAGCUCUGUGAUGCGUUGGUGUAUUGCCAUGGCAAGAAAGUCAUUCACCGCGAUAUAAAACCUGAGAACUUACUGUUAGGUUUUCGUCAGGAACUGAAGUUGUCAGAUUUUGGAUGGUCAGUACACUCUCAAUCAUUAAGGAGAAAAACACUUUGUGGAACAGUUGAUUAUUUAUGUCCGGAAAUGAUUGCUGGGGAUUCGCAUGAUGAACGUGUCGAUCACUGGGCUGUUGGGGUUCUGUGUUAUGAGAUGCUUUGUGGCAAGCCCCCAUUUGAACAUCCUAAUGUGAAAGAUACAUAUGCCUGUAUCAAAGCCGUUAAAUAUACUUUUCCUUCUAGUAUGUCAUUGCUGGCACAGGAUUUGAUUUCCAAGAUCCUUAAACGUUAUCCUACAGAUCGAUUGUCUUUGGAAGGCAUCAUGUCUCACCCAUGGGUUCGAAGCUUCACCGGCAAAGGAAACCUUCAGCGCAUUCGACCGUCAAAUCGAAAGUAGUAUUCUUGUGUUCUUGUUUCAUUCCCCCCUAGCUUUUUUUCACAUAUCUCAAUAUAUUUCUACUUACUCCUAGUGUUUUUUGUUUGUUGAUCUAAAGAGUAAUAAAAGUGCUAAGCGAUUUAAA